GUCGGAGGGCUGGGAUCCCGGAGUAGAAGGGUGCCGCUGAGCAUGUGCGCCGUCUCCCAGGCGGACAAGCGGCUACGGCUUCCGUCUUGACCGGCUUUCCUCCACAAGGCAGGAUCUUCUGCUGUGAAGACAUUACCCAAGUGCCAGCAGAUCUGACCCACAUAGCCUGGAAAGAAAACACCAUCAGGUUGUGGGUGGUCUUGUCCAGCUCAAUCUCCCCUCGGCCCCUGGGAUCUGAGGCAGACCUGGGGUGAACUGCCCCCUCCUGCAGACCCAUGGCACGCCGGCUACAGUUACAACUGCUGACGUGGGAUGUGAAGGACACACUGCUUCGGCUCCGCCAACCCAUGGGGGAGGAGUAUGCCACCAAGGCCCAGGCCCACGGGCUGAAGGUAGAGGCCACAGCCCUGGAACAAGCCUUUUGGCAGACGUACAGGGCUCAGAGCCUCAGCUUCCCCAACUAUGGCCUGAGCCAUGGCCUCACCUCCCGCCAGUGGUGGCUGGAUGUGGUCCUGCAGACCUUCCACCGCGCCGGUGUUCAGGAUGCCCAGGCUGUGGCCCCCAUCGCUGACCAGCUGUACAAAGACUUCAGCAACCCCUGCACCUGGCAGGUGUUGCAGGGGGCUGAGGCCACCUUGAGGGAGUGCCGAAAACGGGGUCUGAGGCUGGCAGUGGUCUCCAACUUUGACCGACGGCUGGAGGGCAUCCUAGUGGGUCUUGGCCUGCGGGAACACUUUGAAUUUGUGCUGACCUCUGAGGCUGCUGGCUGGCCCAAGCCAGACCCCCGCAUUUUCCGUGAGGCCUUGCGCCUUGCUCAGGUGGAACCGGCGGUAGCAGCCCAUGUUGGAGAUAGUUACCCACUUGAUUACAAGGGAGCACGUGCUAUAGGCAUGCAUAGCUUCCUGGUGGCUGGCCCGGAGCCUUUGGACCCUGGGAUCAAGGAUUCUAUACCCCAAGAACACAUUCUCCCCUCACUACCCCAUCUCCUGCCUGCCCUUGACCGCCUAGAGGGCUCACCCCUGCAGCUUUGAGUCUGGUAGGGGAAGUGGCUGGGCCCAACAAUCAUUGGAGGCAGGGAUCCCCUUCCUUCUUGAGAUCUGGCCUUUGCCCCUCUCCCUGAAGCCUCCAUAUCGCAUUCUGACUAUAAAGCAGUGAAUGCAGGGCUUUCAGUCCCACCCCACUAACCAGC